UUCCUGUUUACUACCAAAUUAUUUUAUUUUUUAAAUUUUAUUUCAUUAAUUUUUUCAUAAAGUUACGCCAAAUUGAUCGAAAAGCCCGUCAAGCAUUAACUCGUCGUGUAGAUGAUAUUUUCCCUCCUUCAGUCCCUGGAUCGCCUGUAUGGCUUAGACCUUUGCCUGUUUCUCGUAAUUCUCGUGGACAAGUUGCCUGGAAUCCUUAUGAUUGUAUGACAUUGCAAUGUUUGUGUCCUUUCUUUAGGGGAACAAUGCGUGAUGAUGGUUAUUGUUAUUUACGUAAUGGAAGGCCUUUAGCUAUUGCUUACAGAAAAGAGUAUAGAAUGAUGACAGAUGAUGAAAGGGAACGUUUUCACUCAGCAUUUAAUCAACUAAAAUUUAACGGGGAAUAUGAGAGAUUUGCUAGAGAACAUCAAUCUGUAAGUCAAGGAGGUGCUCAUUCAGGCCCAGGUUUUCUUCCUUGGCAUAGAGAAUUUAUUAAAAGAAUGGAAAUUGCUUUACGUUUAAUUGACCCAACAGUAGCUCUUCCAUAUUGGGAUUCUGUUCUCGAUGUUUAUUUACCCGAUCCAAGGGAUUCAAUUAUUUUUUCUCCUUUAUUUACUGGGGAGAUUGAUAUGAAUGGAUUUGUGGUUAAUGGACCUUUUGCUUUUUGGAAUACAAUUGAGGGAAGGAAUACUAUUUGGAGGACACUUUCUGGAGAGGGAGGGCUAUUCAAUGAAGGUCUGUUAUACCUAUACAAUUUUCCCCUUAAUUAUCACCUUUAUUUUUUCAAUAAAGGUCAAUUGUCUUCUGUGGCCAAUGAACCAAAUAUAGAACAUGUCCUCUCAUAUACAGUCCCUCUCGCAGGAUGUCCAAUACCCGUAAACUUCAAUGCUUUGGAAUACUCCCAUUCAAAUAUAGUGCCAGAAACAUCAGCAAAUGACCCAAUCUUCUACAUGGUAGAUGUUAGAGAAUGGGCUUACUCACCCAAUUUGUGGUCAUGUGGAAAUGAAUUUCAUUUUUCCUAUGCUUGGAUGAGGCCUUUUGAUUUUCUUUCUAAUCAAGAUGGGUUAUCUAAUGCUUAUACCGAUCAAUUAUAUCGAUAUGCUCAAAGGCCAACGUGUUCAGCACAAGUCCCUACUUGUGGAUCUAGGCAAGUCUUACUAAAAUAUUUGUUUUGCGAUUUCAACCAUGGAUUUCCUCAUUGUGUAGCCAAAAUAAAGUUUGGUGGUAUCUGUGAGGGUUUUGACGGAAUGGAUGCUUGUUUUAACGGUCAAUGUAUUUUUGGAAGAUGCCAACAAGGGCCCACACCUCCACCCUGGCGCCCAACCCCUCCCCCAACACCUCCACCACCUCUACAGCUUAGGCCAAUGUCUAGAGGAAUUCAAAGAAGAGGAAAUCAAAGGCGUAUCCCCCCUCCACCCCCUCCAAUUGUAAGAAGACUUUUAAGACGUCCAAUAGAAUCACAACAAACUCGAAGAUUUUUAACACGUCAAAUGGCGGCAACAACACAUAAACAUUUUAUUAAUUGUUUUAAUAUGAAUCCUUGUUGUGAUCAUUGGGCAGAGAAUGGGGAAUGUAAAACAAAUAAAAAAUAUAUGGAAAAAUAUUGCAAAGCAUCUUGUGAACUUUGCACGCCCAAUUUUAAUAUAACAAAUGAAUGUGUAGAUAGACAUGUUAGUUGUAAACAAUGGAAGGAAGGAGGGGAAUGUUUGGGGAAAUCGAAGUUAUUUUUACAAGAAAAUUGUCGAGAAAGUUGUGGAUUGUGUAAACAAAAUAAAUAUGAAAAUUCUUGUCUUCCACAGGGAUUAUUAUUACACGAACACAACAAAAAUAUAAUUAAAGAAUUAAAAAAGAAUGGAAAUAUUACUUUAGAAAAUAUUCCCUUUAGAAAUUAA